AUGUCGACCCCUUCCAAAGGUGCUGUCUCAACGCCCGACAAAUGGCCUUCGCGGUAUGGAACAACUCCAGCAAAACUCCAACUUGUCCCCUGCGGUGCUUAUACCUUCAAUAGCGAACACUUUCAAGAAACAGUCACUCUGAUCGUCGGAAUAGAGAAGAAGGCCUACAACGUGCGCAAAGACCUGCUCUGUUUCUACUCUGACUACUUCCGUGCUGCUUUUCAGGGCUCGUUCAAGGAGGCUACUGAACGCAAGAUCGACCUUCCCAGAGUGACUAAGGACGUUUUCGAGCAUUUCCAAGUCUGGCGCUACACUCGCAAGCUCGAUACUGCGGCUCUUACUUUCGAUACAAUGGCUAGGCUCUGGAUCUUCGGCGACAAACACCAGAUUCCGCUCCUUCAAAACCAAGUCAUGGACAGCAUCUUUGCCAAGUGCACGACGACUAAAAACAUCGACCCUGGCGCACUUCCUGCAGUAUAUGCACGGACUGUGGCAAGAUCUCCGCUGCGCAAGGCUUUCAUUGAAAUCAUAGGCUGGACAGUGGGAAUCGAGUCUGAGCCGGACACGUUCCUUUCUAGAAACGCAGUAAACUGGACAAACGAGAUCUUUGUGGAUCUUGUGAUUGCAGUGCAUCAGUCUCGUGUGAGCCAAGAUGUCAAAUUCCCUGCUCUUCCCAAGAGAGACAAGUGCUUCUUCCAUAUUCACAGCAAGGAUGAGCAUUGUUGA